UUUGAUUAGAAUCAGAUACAAACCCCCUAAGAGUGGGGACGAUCCUAACAAAUCUGCCAUUUAUUAAUUUGGAUCGGGUGUGGGUUAUGGAUGAAAAAGAGUAGGAAAGAGAAGACACGGCUGCCGGCAGGGGUGCUUUAUUUUCAGACACAGGCACACACGACCUCUCAAAGCCUCCGUUCAGGUGGAGAUCGAUCUGAAUCUCCGGCGAAACCGCUUACUUUAACCGUUCUUCCGGCGUUGUUGUUGUUGUUGUUGCUUGGGUAAGUUUUCGUGUAAACUGAGUGACUGUAUGCCCAAGAAAUUGGCACAUGAAGAACUGUUCCUGGAGCACCAGCUGUUCGACGGAAUGUCGCUUAAGGAAAUUCUGUCGAGUUUCUAGCUCUUAAAAGGUCUGCUGCUUUUGCUACUUAGCAAUGGCGUUUUUGCUUCUCAGAAGGGUCAUCUUCAUAAGAUCAACAACAAAGUCGCUUCUAUCGUCCCAGUGUAGUAGAUUUUCUUCUGGGCGAGCCACGGAGUUUCUUGGUCAUGACAGGGGAUAUUCUGUUACUAAUAGGCUUCAUCUGUCGCCCCUAUUUCCAGAAACUAGUGAGGAUGAUAUGAAGCAUUGCAAAAUUGAACUUGUGGAUGAUACUGCGUGGCAGGUCUCCUCGGGUUUGGCUGAUGCUUGGAGAGGUAAUAUUGAGGACAAAGCCCCCAAAAUGAACUCUGCUUUUAUUGAUGGAGAGGAGGAUGGUGGUGAUGGUAAUGGAGUGAUUAGUUCCUUGGAUUCGAAUCAGGAGGAUGCAAAUUUUGAUGAUAUUGAGGAUAUGAGGAUUCGUGGGAAAUUGUUUUAUAAGCUUGACAAGGAUUCCAAAGAGUAUGAAGAAUAUAAAUUUGAUUUCCACAGGAGGAAAUCUGCAAGGAAUGAGAAAGAUCAGAAAGAAAGUAAAGAGAAAAAGAAGAAAGAGAAUUCAAAUGGCACGCCAGCUUCCAUUGUAGAGAUAGCUUCAAAGAAGGAUCAGCCAAGAGAAACCAAGAAAAGCAAAAAGAGCAAAACGGAGUUGUUAUUGGGAUGUGACAGAAAGAAGAACUUAAUCUCUCGGCUUCAUGAAGUGGGAGAUUUAUACGUUGGAAAGAAGCAAAGAACUCUCACUUUCAAUCAGCAAACGGCUCCCUAUCAUGAACCAUUCUGUUUGGAUAUUUAUAUAUCUAAAGGUUCUGUACGUGCUAGCAUAAUUCAUCGUGCCACUAGCAAUGUUGUUGCAGUUUCACAUUCUAUUUCCAAGGACAUGAAAUUUGAUCUGGGGUCAACUAAGAAUAGGAGUGCUUGUGCUGCUGUUGGGAAAGUGUUGGCUCAGAGAGCCUUGGCUGAUGAUAUCCAUAAUGUUGUAUAUACGCCAAGAAAAGGAGAGAAAUUGGAGGGGAAGCUGCAGAUUGUGCUGAAGUCUAUCAUUGAUGGUGGGGUUGAGGUCAAGGUGAAACUGAAGCAGAAGAAAUCAAGACAAACGAGAUGCCUGCCACCAUGAACUCAAGAUACCGUUAUUGAUCAGAAGCAAGAUGUGUUUUCUUUUUCUGCAUUCCAUAAAUGAUGAGAGUAUUGGUCCUGAUUGUUUUCCGUUAAAAAGGAGUCCUCCAAGAGGCAUACUCUGCUGAAGGUUAUCUGCGUCUUUGAAUUGGUUAACACUGGAGUUUGAGGUCUUUGAUAUGUCAACCAUGGUAUUCACUGAUCACGAGAGAGUUUGAUGCUUCCCUCCCCUAUAUCUUGAGCUAAAUGAGCAUGGAGAGUUUCGUCUGCUGAAGCAGAUGUUAGUAUAAUUACAGCGUAUGGUGUGUGUUUGAGGUAUGUCAUUUCGGGAGACUUCUUCCGUUUUCGCAGCCAACUUGAUGAAGGAAGGCUGUUUCAUCCCUGGAUUUGCAACUCACAAGAAAACGGCCUUCAUUGGAGACAGCAAUUCCUCCUCGGGUAUAACCUUUACAUGACAAUCCGACCUCGGAUAAGACACACACAGUAAAGCAUAGCCCCGCUCGACGACGUCGUCGCUCAGCAUGCCCUCGCUCUGGUCAACAUUCCCGGCG